GUGGUCUCGGGCAACAUGCAGCCGAGGAGCCCAGCUCAGGCGGGCAAGCCGCGCAGAGGUUGCGGUCUCGGGCAACAUGCAACCGAGGAGCACAACUCAGGCGGGCAAGCCGCGCAGAGAUUGCGGUCUCGGGCAACAUGCAGCCGAGGAGCACACGACCCUAUCCCGAAGGGUUUUGCCCUAACCAUAGACGCCCUUGAGGCGAGUUUACGCCUCCCCUUGCACCCUGUUAUAAGUUACUGCAUCUCGUGGUGGCGUCUUUCUCCGUCGCAGAUAGCGCCUAAUUCCUAGCGAUAUUUGGUGGCGUUCCUGGGGGAGUGCCAUUACGCUCAUAUUACCCCAACCCGAUCUCUUUUCCUCUCCUGUUUUCAUCUUUCCAAGGGGUCGGGGGGCUACUAUUUGUCCGCUCGGCCAGGCUUUUGGGUUAGCGGGGCUCCUUCCAGCAACAAGGGAUGGAAGGAGCACUUCUUUUAUGUCUAUCGUCCAGAGGGAUAGAGCUUCGGGCUCCGGUGGGCCGCGCGCGCGAUUGACAACACUGCCCCGACCCUGAACGACGAAGAGCGGAGGGACCUUCGCCGUCUAAAGGAGAUACUCCCGACCUCCCAAGUCAUUCGAAGGAUGACCGAGGCGUGGUUGGUCGAGGCGGGUCUUAGCCCGAUGCCUCGAGGUAUGCCAGUAGUGGGUAGUGUUAGGGCUUUCCAGAAAUCGCGUUCUUGGUAUUCUGAUCGAGGUCGGUGUUUUCAUGCAGAAAUGGUGAACCUCGUCGCCGUGCGUGGGGGGCCUUCCUCGUCGGCCGUGUCGAUUGGCCGAGCCGAGGGUUGGCUCGAGGGAGGCGUCGGUUCAACUUGAGGUCGGUCGACCUCAAAAGAAGGCGAAGACCGGUAUCAAAAGAAAACCGAGCAUGCCGUCGGCGCAGCCGGAGGAUGGAGCGACCAAGCACGUCGGGUGCGACCGGCGACGGGACCUCGUUCAGGGCGAGGCCGGCCCGAGUAGGGAGGCGACAGGGAAGGCGCCUCAGGAGUCGUCCAUCCGCGAUUUGUGUCGCCUCCCUUCGGGAGCACCGGGCGAACCUUACCUAGCUCGGGCCAUGGGCGAACUUCCGGAGGGCCAACCCUCCGACCCGUUGGCGGCCCGAUGGACGGGCCUGACCCGCGGGGACCGGGUAUGGGCUGACGGGGAGGCUGCGGCCUUAUUUGUCCGAGGGGGGCUCCAUCCCGAUAUGGCUCGGGAACUGUAUGUCUUGCCCUCGGAUGUUUUGCUGAGCAAGUCUGCAAAGUCCCUGCUGUGGGUAAGUACCUUGUUAUUGGGUUCCUUUUUGUACCUGGGCCACAGUUGUCCUGACUCUACUUCUUUGCAGCGUCAGCAUUAUGCACCAGCGUUGAUGGAUCGCGUGUGUGACGCAGGUCGGGCACUCGGUGUUUUGAUCGACCGUAACGUCAAGCUGCGAAGGCAAAUAGAGGAGGUGCACGCGGAGGCGGCCUCAGAGGCGGUCGCGACAGCCGAGCAGCGUGCCUCAGAUCUGGAGGCGGAGGUCACGCGACUCAAGUCCGAGGUACAGGCUGCCGAGCAGCGUGCCUCGGAUUUGGAGGCCGAGGGGACCCGCCUGAAAUCCGAGGUAAAAGUGGCGGAGGAGAGGAAUAAUGAUCUCCAAGCGUUCCUGAGGACGGCACGGACCGAGGUUCGUUUGGCCAAUAAAGAGGCGGUUGCCCUCACUCAGAAGUUGGAGGAGGCGCGUGCCGAGGCGAAGAGGGCUUCUGAAGCUCUGGCUGCCGAGAUGCAGCAGCGUCCGGAGAGGGACAAGAAGCUGAUCGAGGACUAUAAAGAGUCCUCGGGCUUUCAGCUCGGCUUGGUCCGGUCGGGGCAGAUCACGUACGAAUGCGGGUACCGGGUCGCCCUGGCCCGCUUCAAGGCGCGCCACCCCGGUUCGGAGGUCGAAGAAAACCCCUUUGCCUCCUGCCCCGAAGACGCAAGCGUCGACAUGCCAGAUGAAGUCCCCUUCGACGACAGCUCUGAAGCCCCCAAAGGAUAGGAUAUAAGGCUAU